AUGCAAUAAACGACAGGAAAAUUUAUGGAGUUUAUUAAUAGUUAAGAUAAACUAAGAAUAAAUGAGUUAAAACAUAUAGAGUAGGAAUAAUACUAUAUUAAUUAAUUGAAAGAGCAAAGAGAGAGGGUAUAAUUAUAUUGAAAUAGAGUAAAGAUGGAAGUAUUAAAAGUGGAAUUUUUAAAGAAGGAUUUAGCGAUUGGAGAAUUGUAGAUUCAAAAUUAAAAUUUGACAGAAGAUAUUACCCAGUUAAGAGUUGCUUUUUAAGAACAAAUGAAAUAUCAGGAAAAAGAGAUUCAGAGAUCGAAGAAAUAGAUUUAAGAAAGGGAUGAUUUAUUGAGAGAUUUAUAAGAGCUAGGUGAUUUGGUUUUACAUUUAAGAAAGGAUAAUGAAAAUUUGAAUGUAAAAGAAAAUUAUAAAUUUAGUCGUUACAUUUAGAAAAAUAGAGUGAAUAAGAAGAAUAGAAAAUGAAAUGGGAGAUUGAUAGCAAGCAAUUGAAAGGUGAAAUUUAAAAGCUAGAUAAUUUAUUAUUUGCUAUGGAACCAAUAAAGAUGGAGAAUAAGAAAUUGAAGGAAGAGAUGAAGAAUUAUAAAAGUGAGAGAAAGAAAAUUUAAAGUGAAAUGAGAUUGAGCAGAAUAGAAAUAAAUAAGUAAUUAGAGGAAUUAAAGCAAGUGAUAUAGGAUUAAUAGUAAAAGAUAGUUAAAUUAUAAUAAUUCAAGGAAAGUCAUUACAAGAGGAGAUAUUAAUAGAGUGAAUUAGAGAAUAAAGUGUUAUUAAUGAACUAAGAGAAUGAAGACUUGAAGUAAGAAUUGAAAAGAUUUUAUGAGAAGGAGGAAAGUGAGAUUAAAAUUAAAUCUUAAAUUGACAGAGUAUAAUUAUGAUUUAAACGUUUAGGUUAGAGAAGAUUUGAUUUCAGUAAGAAAUUAAGAGGUAGAGAAAUUAAAUGAACUAUUUAAAGGUAUUGUAUCACAACAGUUUAUGAAAACAUAAUCUUUUUGUAUCUAAUGA